AUGCAAUAUAAUUUUAAUCCCACCCACUCUCAUCUUGUGAAUGACAGAAACACUGAUUCCGACCGCAUUUUGUCUCCUGCUUUGUGCAUUUUUCACGGAGCAAAGUCAACUCACGGACAACUGAAUGUCACGCAUCAGGUGGGAUGUUCCAGUCGUUCUGGGGGCAAUGCGGGCGUGGUUUUGUUUGUCACCGACGCAUCCUCCUUACUUGCCUUCCUUACUAUGGAUAACGCUCCGGAGACAGCACUAGUUAUGGAGUACGAACUGUUCACCAAUGCCACUCUAAUGGCUGAAAUCCGCUCUCACCCGUCGUUAGUCGCAGGGAUAGUUGUAUUUUCUCCAGCUGUCCGUGAGAACCAUACUAUUCUUCCUUUUUCCGAAUCGUCAACUUGCCCAAAUUCUCUCUACGGCUACUAUGGACCUGGAAAGCAAUGUAAUGUAACUCCUCCCUGGAAUGUUUAUGGCGUCGAAUAUUCUGCUUUCCACUGGCCGUUUCCAGUCGUACUUGUUCAUGAUCCUCAUGGGGAGAUUAAGACAGAAAUCGCAUCUUGCUUUCGAAAAUUCAACAUGAAUCCCAAAGACGAUACGAGGUGUUCAAUCGAAAUCAGCAACUACAUGUCUGCGGUUCAAUCCGUUGUAACUUGCACUCGGCGACAAAAGUUGAUGGCUUCGUUGAUUUCCGAAACUAACCCUACGUAUUGCGAUGAACUGACAGGCAUCAAUAUCGUCUUGAGCGCCACAAAUACCUCAGUGGCUCGUAACGUAUCCGGAGUGGGCGAUGGAAUCGGGCGUGCUGCAAAUUCUUCCUUGCUAAUCCUUACCCGAAUGGAUUCGCGCAGCAUGUUCGAGCGAAGUGGCUUCGCAAGUCAGGGUGCACUUCCCGCUAUAGCGGUUCUGGUUUCCACCGCCGUUCACUUGAUGCGGCAGCCAUCCAUAAAAAAUUUGGAAGUGAAUAAAGAUUUGUUCUUCGCAUUCUUGGACAACGAGGCUUACGACUUCUUGGGUUCUACCCGUCUGGAUUACGAUUUGCAGAAACAGCUACUGGCCAACUAUAUGGGAAUCGCGCUCGGCUGGGAACACUUACAUAGCAUCAUUGAACUUGGCGAGAUCGGCCUGCCAAGUAAAGACUCCACCUGGAUGUAUUCUCUCCUCACAGAAAACGAAAUCUAUCAAAGCACGAGAUCAAUCACAGACUACUUGAUGGAUCAGUUGCAAAACGCCAGUAGGGACAUGGGUCAAAUUACCUUCACGAGACCUGAGUUCCCUUCUUAUACGCUAUUGCCACCGACAGUCUCAGUGCAGAACCUGCUAGCUCGUGCUCCGCGUCCUAUUCCACACGUGGUCCUGUUCGAUCACGUUGGCUCUCCGCUUCGGGAUCCGAAUUUCGAAAGCUUUCUGGACGUUCGUUGGCCUCCCGUGGGUGCUCCAGAUGCUGAUGACGCUUUGUUGGGCGUCGCGAACACGCUUAGCGAUGCCAUUCACCGUAUAAUCACCGUAGAUGCCAAACCAGUUCCUGCUAGAAUCUCCUCACCAACUCCCGGAGAGUUGAUGGAUUGCUUCGUAAACAACCCUAAUUGCUCGCUUUUUCGCCCCUUCCUCACCCCGAGUGACAUCCAGUUUCUUGUCGAUCUUGGCACACCUAUCCCCGGACAAUCUUAUUUGCCACUGAACAAGCACGAACUGAAGAUAUCACAUAUUGUGAACGUCUUGCUCAUGGGUUUGACUGGCGAAAGAACAGCCACAACAGACUGUCCGCCGCAGAAGGUGGACGAUCCAUACGUUUACUUCAUGGGCUAUUACAACGGCUCCGAGCAAUGCUAUCGUACCCUGUUGGAUUUAGCCUCCAGAUUUGUCCUCUCUUCUGGAGGAAUACCGACUGCCCCAGGCUGGAUGAAGAGCCGAACCGUUUCCGGUGCGCGUUAUGUGCGUUGGUAUCGCAGCGCUUCGCCGAUUAUCGACGGAUUUGGUAUAGCGCUUGGCGUAAUACUGUCAAUACUCACGGGGAGCUGCGCGUUUUUGUUGCGCAACGCCAUGAGAAUGGAGUCUGGGAGACAAGCCCAGUCGGAAAACGUAGACGUGGUUAACGAUCAUUUGCGGGAACACAUCUCAGUCACCGCAUAA